AGCUGAGCCUAGCUCUUCUCCAUCGAUCGUCGCCGUACCAGCUCGAUCGGCCAGAGAUCGAUCCGCCGCCAUGUCGAGCCUCACCACGGCCGGCAGCGCGGAGGAGCGCCACUACUCCGUCUCCGCCGAGGAGUUCGGCACGCACCUGUCCCUGGGCAUCGGCGGCGGGCCCGGAGGAGGAGGAGGAGGAGGAGGGAGGCCACGGCCGCGGACGGUGCAGCUGUUCGGGGAGGUGCUGUCGCUGGAGGGCGACAACAACGGGGAGCCCACGGCGGCGCCGGCGGGCAGGAAGAGGAGGGAUCGCAGCGGUAGCGGCGCCGCGGCUGUUCCGGCUAGUAGGCAGCAGAACAAGAAGGCGAGGAAGGUCAAGGACGCGGAUGAUGACGGCGACCGCCGGAGCCUGACGAUCGGCGGCGGCGGCGGCGGCGGCGGCAGCGGCGCCGGGAGGAAGAAGCUCCGGCUCAACGCCGCGCAGGCCGCCAUGCUGGAGGACAGCUUCCGCGCCCACAACAUCCUCUCUCAUGGCGAGAAGCAGGAGCUGGCGCGGCGGGUGGGGCUGAGCGCGCGGCAGGUGGAGGUGUGGUUCCAGAACCGGCGGGCCAGGACCAAGCUCAAGCAGACGGAGGUCGACUGCGAGCUCCUCCGCCGCUGGUGCGACCGCCUCACCGACGAGAACGCGCGCCUCCGCCGGGACCUCGCCGGCCUCCGGGCGGCGCCUGCCAGGCUCGCUGUCUGCGCCUCCUGCUGCGACAAGAAGGCGCAGGUCGCCGUUGCCGCCGGCGAGAUGGCGUGACGGGAACUGCACAGUGACUGAUGACCCGAGGGGAUCGAGCUCGCGACCGUGCGCGCAGCAUGGAGUCCGCGGCAGAAUUUCCUUCCCCUUUUCUAUUGUAGAUAGAUACAUCAGUUAAUUAGAUACAUGCACGAGGUUAAGCUACUGAUUAAUUACGUAAUUACCACACUGCGCGAACUUUAAUUCGUUGAAAAGUAGGGUUUUGAUGAGGUUCUCAUCAUCACUGACAAAUACAGGUUUCGGUGGAACA